GGUUAGUCUCUCUCUCUCGCCAUUUUAUGAGCUUAAAUCCAAAGAGAGAGACCUUAAGCAGCUCAAGGGGAAAAGUUGCAUUAUCUCUAGAAGGAAGGGAUCUUCAGGAGAGUGAAAAAAUGGGAUAUGUGCUGGUGGUUUCACUUCCCAUGGUGAUUCUGCUCAUCAUGUUGAGCUUUGGUUGCUUUGUAAUGGGAAGGAACAAAGGGCGACAAGAAGGGCGUGCAUUGGCUGCUCAAGAACUUGGGAUUAAUCCUCAGUCACAGGGAAUGGUUUCGGUUGUAGAUGGUGUAAUGGUGCCCCCAGGGACCCCUCCACCACCACCUCCGCCUCAUCAACACCCAGCAUUCCCUUCUGUUCCUUCCCCUCAUCAACCUGCAUUCCCUUCUCCUACACCUCAUCAUCCCAAUACCCUCUACUUGAAGCAACAAAAUGGCAUGAUCGCUGCUUAAAAGUUCUCAUGUUUUUUCAUGUCGUUAUGAACUAAACAAGCUCUUCAUAUGUAUCCUUGUUGUUGAUUAAUUUUAACUACAUUUGAGUUUGGUGUAGUUUCUUGGUUUAAUAACUAAUUUUCUUAGGGCUAUAUGUUAUUGUAAUCGAUUGAAUUUUUCAAUUUUCUUUUUUUUCCUUUCCUUUUCUUUUUGG